AUGUCGGCAUCGUCCGGGACGACGCUCAUCUCGCCCACGGCGAGCAACGGCGUCGCAAACGUCAACGCCGCUGCGUCCACCACCUCCUCGGACCGGGAUCAGAAGCGGAAACACACCCGAGUGCACUCGGCCCACCAUGCCCACGGCCACCACGGCGGACAUCAUGCCCACGGCCACCAUGCGCAUGGGCACCACGGUGUGCACCACGCUCAUCACCACGGGCACGCGGGACAUGCGCGGCGAAGUUCGCGUAGCUCUCGUCGAUCGUCGGGCGAGAGCGAUGGCCGCCGAGCCCUCGCGGCCGGGCUGACGAUGCACGCGCUCGACGGGAAGCAGCGCCGGAAAGAGUCGGCUGGAUCCAGCGCAAUCAUGCAGCGCACGACGAGCGAUACGGGCUCGGGUUCGUCACGAAAAGCGUCUGACCCCGCCCCCGUCGUGAGCCGCACGCCGUCGAAUACUUCCGUGCUCUCGUCGGAGGGCAAGCGCCCUGAAGGCUCGCGACACGACAGCAACAAUUCGGGCCGCGGACGGCACCGGGAUAGUGUCGAGGUCGAGGUCAUUGCUGGCGAUGCGGCAGAGGGCGAGGAAGACGGCGAGUGGGAGAGCGGCGAGGAGACACCCGCCACGGCGCUCAAGGACAACACGUAUACCGGCCCUGCGGAGCGGGAACAGAAGGCGGCGCAGGCGGCCAAGGACAAGGAGGCGCAGGAGAGCGGAGACGACAAGGGCAAGAAGGUGCUUGCUGAGUCACCCUCAGAUCUGCGCGAGCCCUCGCACUCGCCCCGCAACGAGCCGAAGCAGAGCACAAAGGGAUUCCCUGGCACGCCGACACCGCUCCAGACGCCCUCGGCACCGAGCGGCACUACGAGCGGCGCCAACUCGCAGCCUGGCUCUCGACCUGCCAGCCGGCCCGCGAGCCGCCGCCCGUCGCUGACGCAGCGCUCCCAGAGCCGCAUCUCGCUCACGCGCCCCGCCGACUCGACGACGAGCCUGACGUCCCUCCACCAAGAGGUCGUCCAGGAGGAGAAGCCGAAGGCGCCCGAACCCAAGCCUGAGCCGAAAGAGUACCCCUUCCCCAAGAUGGAGGCGGAAAAGCAGGACAAGGGCAAGGGACGGGAGAAGGACGCGACGGGCGAGACGGUCAAGGAGACCAAGCGCGGCGACUCGACGGCCAGCCACACGAGCCAGACGAGUCAGGCGACCGUCAAGAGCACCACGAAGGAUACGGCCAAGCUCCCCACGCAUGGUGAGAGCGGCGAGACGCCGGACGCCAAGCCGAAAACGGACCGCAUGCUCAGCGGCGACGACGUGCAGACGAGUCCGGAGGAGCUGCCCGAUGCGCCCGCACAAAAGGUCAAGGGCUCGACGAGCCUCCCUCGCCCGCUUUCCGUCACCUCACUGCGCAGCAUCCAGAGCCUGCGUGCUCCGCCGCAUCCGCUCAACUCGCCGACGGGACGCAGCGGCUUCCUCGACUCGCCGAAGAGCGCCAAGCGCGUCGCGUCCCUGCACUACCCGCCUGCAGCGCCUGCCGUUGUCAACUGCGAGACAGUAGAGGGCCAGGGCUGGGACGAGGACGGCGCGCCAGCCCGCCCGCCCCCACCAACGCGGCCAGAACGUGUCGGCUCCUUCUCCUCUGUGCGUUCGCUGAAGGGCGUGCUUGGGCAGCCGCGGCCGCCCGUAUCCCGCGCCGCCUCCUCGCGACAGACAGCAGCCCAGGCCGCCGCCGCCGCUUCUCGUUUGAACACGACCACAGACCCGGUCGCCUACCACCACAGCCUAGGCUUCAGCCAAGCGACGGCCGAGACGGCACACCUUCUCUCGCGUUUCCUGCCGCAGAAGAAGGGCCACCGGCCGCGAUGGGCGAUCAGUGCGCGAGAGGCAAUGGCAGUGCACGAGGCGAUCGCGAACGGCGAGGAGCCCGAGGUGCGCGUCGGCCUCACAGACGGGCAGUACCGGGACGCGCACGAGAGUCUGGUGAACACGCUCCGCGAGCUCGGCAAGACGCGCAAGGGCCCGCGGAGGGGCAACACCGUCUCGAAGAGCUACUCGUACCAAGCUCUCCUGGGCGGCGUUGGGGCCGAGGAGCUCCAGAUCAACAGCAACGUGCCCCGCCGACGUGCCAGUGGGCAGACACCGUUCGAGAUGAGCGUGAAUCGCUGUCUCGCGCAGCGGCCAUAG